AUGCGAACCCUGGAAAGGGUGACGGAAAACCGUAUCGAUUUCGAACAAGGGAAUCAGUUGAAGGAGGAUUGUGCGUUCUGUCGCAGUCUCGAUUGCGACAUCAUUUUCGCGUUACUUUUCACGUUUGUCAUUGCCUGUCUGCUCGUACUCAUUAUGUGCGACAUUUUAGAAUGUGAUCAUAUUUUCGAUUCGUCAAAGAAUGACGGGGAAUUUCAACUUCCCAUGCUACCACCACCCGCAACAGGAUCAGAACACACUUCGUCACCGGAAAUCCUUAAAAAUAUGCAAUGUAUAUACACGUUUGUUGCGGGGCCAAGGCAACGCGUAAAGCUCGAUUUCGAACAGUUUCAGUUGGCUGGGACUGCCGAUAAUUGUGAAAUGGAAUAUGUUGAUAUAUACUCAGAGCUCAAGAGUCCACAUGAUGACCUAUUAUCAGCUUCUUUUGGUGGUAGGUAUUGCGGUACUGUAUCGCCAUAUAUACGUAUAAGCUUGCAUAAGGUGAUCGUUUUGGUCUUUCAUUCCCGGGCAGCUUCGAACAGACGAUCUGAGCUAAAAUUUCGAGGACAUUACACGUUUAUCUCUGACGCUCGUUACAAUGUUGGACGUCAGCUAUCACCCGGGACAUGUUCAUUCGUUAUUGAUUCAAAAACCAGGAAACGAGGAACAAUUCUAUCUCCAACUUACCCAGGCACAUAUCCUAAAAACUUUCACUGCAGCUAUUUGCUCAAUGGGAAACCGGGUCAACGAAUUCGAUUUUUUUUCCGAGAUUUUGACAUAUAUUUUGGUGGUGAACAUUGUCCAUAUGAUUCGAUGACAAUUCAUGAUGGAAGCACGAACAGAGCACCUAUAAUUCGAAAAGUAUGUGGCCUUCAGCAACGAUUGGAGUUGUAUUCACUUGGUCAGAAUGCAUUUAUGGAGUUCAAUACAACCAGUCCAACAAAGGCCGAUCCUCGAGGUUAUGUAAUCGAUUAUGAGUUUUCAAAUCGAUAUGUUGACGUCGGAAAACUAUUGGGCAAUCAAAAAGGAGUGACUCAUCUGCGAGGAUCUGAGUGUGACGUUCGUGUUGAGAGCAAUAAAGAAACGGUGCAUUACUUACAGUCGCCGAAGAGAAACAAGUUUAUUCCAGCAAAAUAUUGCGCUCGAACCUUCCCAGGACCAACGGUUUCGGCGUUCGGCUCCCACGAAAUGCGAUUUUUCUUUCGCUCUGGUUCACAGGGAACGGGAAAUGGCUUCAAGGCACUGUAUAAAAUACGAAAAGCUUUUAAGGAAGAAAUUCCCACCAGAGAAACAUCCCGUCAUUGUGGCCAGAGAAUAACAAGAACGGAUGAUCGCACAACCGGCUGGCUUGUGUCACCCGGUUAUCCAAUCAAAUACAAUAAAGACCUCAUAUGUGAUUGGGAGAUCAAAGUGAGGCCUGGAUAUCGGAUUUUGCUGAACCUAGUAAAAAUGGAGGUAGAAGGUGCAAUGUCGGAUGAAUCGAUAAACUGUCAAAAUGCCGUGAUUCGCGUGGACGCUGAUAGUGGCGUAAAGGCUGGCCCGAGCGUUCGAGAAAUCUGUGGAACCGUUGAGAGUGUCGUUCAACCGAUUAUUUCAAAAAAUAAUACCGUCAGAAUAAGUUUCUUCACUUCUCCAGACAAAGUGAAUGGACUCAAGGGUUUUAACUUUACAUGGACCGAGGUGAAACUUAUCAAAGAUGAUCGUGAGUGCAGCAGUCCAUCGCAAUACCUAUGUACAUAUACGAAACUCUGCAUUGAUGCGCGGCUGCGUUGCAAUGGUGACGAGAACUGUGGUCUUCAUGACGACACUGACGAAGCACAUUGCAGUAAGCUCGAAAGUGCAACCGAUCUUCAAACGGUUCUUUUCGCUGCAACCUUUUCUGGUUGCAUAUUUCUUUUCAUUUUCGGCUUCUUUUGCUAUCUGUUCAAGAAGAAGUUUGAACGGAAGAAGAACAAGAAACGGCGUCGAUAUGCUACUUCAGGCUUGAAGCAUCAACGCCAGCCAUAUCGAUCUCAAAAACCAGUAUCGAAAGCCACCAUUAAUCGGCCAAUGGAUAUUCACUUGCUACCGUCACCAGCGACCCAGCGUCUCACUCAUCAUGAUAUAACUGGCGUCCUACCACCUUCCAACCACCAAACCCAACUAACAUCCAUUUAUCGACAACCAUUACAUCAAUCAACCAGUGAAACUUUUUACGGUUAA